UGUAAACUGAAAAUAAAGUUACUAAUUAACUUCUUUUAUCCAGAAUCGAUUUGCCUGUCAUCACCUGCCCUCUAUAAAAUCACAUAUAAAAGUCUUUAGGUUCCUUCAGUACAUUGUCAAAUGAAAUAGUCUUCUCACCAGAUGCUGGUUUAAACACGUUGAACACGACUAAGAUGUUCCUUCACGCGCUGCUCCUUCUCUGUGCUUUUCCUCCUUCGUCUGCUAAAGGACGGCUGAGAGAAUUCCACAUACUACACUAUCGGAGUCUGAUAAAGUCUGCCGUAGAAGAAUGCACGAGAAACUACACUAACCUCGUCACGGUUUAUGACCGAGAAGAUGAUAUAGAACUCAGCACGCAGUUAGAUAAACUGUUCAAACGUAAUGUUAUCGAAAGCCCUACCGGCUGGAUUGGUGCAUAUUUAGGAAGAUGCAGUAAAAAAUGGUCAAACGGCGACGAGGUCAAUGAAAAUAUUACAAAAAAUAUUAAAAAGGAUUGUGCUAACGAAUGCUGCGCUACAAUGCUAACUAAUGGAGAUUGGUACCUUAACACAUGCAAUCUUAGCAAACCAUUCCUGUGUUAUGAACAAGAAGCUGGACGAGCAUCAUACAACUACGUGUACAUCGACGUUAAAAAAACCUGGUUUGAAGCUCAGCUGUACUGCAGAGAGAAACACGUCGAUUUAGUCAGUAUCAGAAAUGAGAAGGAAAACGAACAAGUGAAGAUAAAACUACAAAAGACUUGCUGGAUCGGCCUGCUGGAGGACGGUGUGAAAUGGAGUGACGAAGGACAAUCCGCUUACAGAAAAUGGACAAAUGAAGAUCUGCCAAAUAAAGGCCAUGUUUACAUGAGUGCAUUUGCGAAUUGGACAGUUGACAUCCAAGAAUCCAACAAAUUCUAUCCUAUAUGCUACAAAAGCUUCAUUUACGUCAGUCCUGGUCACAUGUCUUGGGAGAAGGCUCUGGAUCACUGCAACACUCAAAACAAUACAGCCGGGCUUCUGCGCAUCGAGUCUGAGGACGAUCAGAUAGAAACAGAGCGAGAGCUAAAAAGACAGAAGAUCUCGGGGCCGGUGUGGAUCGGGCUUAGACAGAGUCGACUUUUCGGGUUCUGGAUUUGGUCCAACGGGCUUCAGCUGGGACCCUGGACCAACUGGAAAGAAGGAAGCGCUCCAGAACAUCAGAUAUCCGAGCACUGCGGGGCCAUGGAGAAGAUCUGGAGAGCAAUGGACGCACUGCAGUGAAUGGGUGCCGUCAGAAUGAGAAUAAAAACAUCACGAUAUCACACAAGUAACCCACUCCGCUCCAGCCCAUCAUCUUCUGAAGCAAAAAGCUGUAUGUUUGCAGGAAAAACUAAAUCGUAUUUAAGGUGUUUUAACUUUAAUUAGUCCAUAAUCCAUAAUAAAGCUUCAUCCAGUAAAAAAAAAGUGCUCCAUAUUUUUACAGAACUGAUUUCAUUGCUUGAUUUAAACAUAUUCCUCUUUUUAUUUUCAUUUUCAAUGCUCUCAAGAAAGCAAUGAUAGCCUGAAGGUGUAUUAUUCUCAAACUUUAAUGCAAAUUUCUGUAAAGAUUUAUUCAGUUAAGCUUUAAUUAUUAAAUUGUAAAGCAUUUAUGAAUAAUGUAAUAAUAUUUGUUGUACUGUCUUUAAAUGCAAUGUUUUAUUUUUAU